AUGAAUCCACUCAGAGUCGAUCCACAGAUGGCCAGAGUCGCAGGUCAUCGAGGCCACAGCGCCGGAGCUCCAGAGAAUACACUGGCUGCAUUUCGAAGAGCCCACGAAAUUGCCGGGAGCGGAGUUACGUGCGAGACAGAUCUCGCGGUGACCCUUGAUCAAGAGUUGAUUCUAAUCCACGAUGAGACGGUCGACCGCACAACGAAUGGCCGUGGACUGGUCCGCAGCUUAACAUAUCGAGAGAUUGCUGAACUCGACGCUGGAAGCUGGUUCAGCAAAGAAUUCGCUGGUGAACGCAUUCCCACGCUUGAAGAAGCGCUAAAUCUCGCACGCGAGCUUGGGAUUAUCUACCAGCUGGAGUUGAAAAUAUAUGAUCAGAACGACUUUCUCUUCCUCAAGCUGAGAGCACUGAUUGAUAGACUGCGAUGUGCCGAUCUGCUGCAGUUCUCGUCUUUUGACUUUGUACAGCUCAGAGCACUCAAGAAGGCCUUUCCAGAAAUCCCGACUGUUGGAUUGACUCAUUCUCGUUUCAUUGAUCCCGCCGCGCUGGCUAAGGAGGCAGAGUUGGAUGCUAUGAAUCUUGAGAUCCAACACUUCCCCAGUGGCGAGGCGCACCAGCUACACGCCGCUGGCUUCGCAGUGUUUCUCCAUGUUCCACGUCCUGAGAAGCUGCGAGACUUGAAGUCGUACGGCGAAGAUGUUGAAGCCAGAGUGGUAGAGUGGAUUGGCGAGGGUCUCUUAGAUCACAUCAUCAGCGAUGAUGUCGACCAGAUGGUCAGGAUCGUGAGGGCAGCUCGCGAGAAACCCCGGACUGAGGAGGAGUGA